AGCCCUGCCCUGCAGCUCAAACGCAGCUGCUGCGAAGCCAGCGCUCGGCGUGGCUCCGACUCCUUCUCACUCCAGAUUUUGAGACCCUUGAGCCAUGGCCACGGCAUUCGCUCCAAAAAUCAGCCAGGUCCUGAUGACACCGGACCCCCACCACAUCCCUGGCUACGCUGGGUACUGCCCCCAGUACAAGUUCAGGCUGGGCCAGACAUAUGGGAAGCUGACCUCCCAGCUCCUCACCUGCCCCGAGGUUGCCCGCUCCCCACAUCUGGUGCUGCAGCCGACCCAGGGCCCCUGCGGCGAUGCUCAGCCCCCAGAGCAGGAGGAGAAACUGCUGGAGGUGCCAAGAGCCGGCUGGGGGGCCGGCGUCCUCCCAGUGAGCUGCAGCAUGGUCCCGGGAUACACAGGAUUCAUCCCCAGAGCCCAGCACUUCUUCGCCAAGACCUACCUGGAGAUCUGCAAGGAAGCUAGGAGCGACUUCGCCCGGCAGCAGCGUAGAUCCUGGGGUGGGCAGGAGCAGCCCAGGGCCUGCCAGCCCUGCCCGGACCCCGCACAGGGGAGCAAGGAGCCCGCGGCUGGGAUCCCCGGCUCCAAUCACCGCCUGCUCCCCGCGGUCAUGGGCACGGCCCCGCUCCCAGCAGCCGCGGCCCCGCAUGGCUCGCCCUAUUCCAUGGAAGACGACGACCCCCACAAAUACUUCAUCUCAGGCUUCACCGGCUUCGUGCCCCGCGCCCGCUUCCUGAUCGGGGCCGGCUUCCCCAUCACCACCCACCGUGCCCUGCUGGAGUUCGCCCGGAUGUCCCGCAAGGACGGCAGCAAGCCCAGAGCCGCGGGCGCCGGCAGCCUCCUCCCACCGCUGGGACGCACCUACCCCGCAGCCGGGGGGCUGCUGCCCAACUACACCGGGUACAUCCCAGGUUACAAGUUCCAGUUUGGCCGCACCUACGGCCACCUCACCCACGAUGCCCUGCACCUCAGCCUCCCGGAGAAGCAGCAGCUGGAGUAGCCUCCCCGGCAGAGCACGGUGCUGAGCCUGGCCCACACAUGCUGGGGAAUAAAGGCCCACAUGUUGCCCUCCGUGAUCUGCAGGGUUCACACGCACACGGGCAUCCACUCCCGGAGACCAGGCUGGUCCCGUGCACGGCGGGUGGGGGCUGUAUCCCUGCAGCCUGCUGGUGCUGGCCAGGGCACAGCCAGGGCCAUGGGAGCCUUGGCACGUCCCAGCUGCAGCCUUUCUCCAGCCGUCCCCAGGGCUGAAGGGCUGCGGCGGGGGCCUGGAUCUCAGCAAAGCCCCUCCCCUGGCCUGUCCGGCCACGGCACCCCCAGCCUGGCUGCUGCUGGGGGUGGACCAGAGCCCCCGGGAUGGGGUGGGAAUCACGAGCUGGCGGCCAGCGGAGAGCCUGGUCAGCAUCUUUUUUAUUAAUAUGCAUCAUAAAUAAAGAAAUAAAUAAAGGCGAGACAUCUCGUGGUCCUACCGGGGAAGUACAAAGUAGCUAUGGUGCGACGUCCGCGGCAGCCAUGUACAAGCAGGAGGCAGCCGUGCGGCCCCCCCCCACCCACCCCGCUCCCAGCACCAAAUACUGGCACGGCUUUGCCUAAUACUGCCCCUGCCCAUCCA